GCAUCUCCCUUCUCGUCUCGGCUGGAAAUCCUUGCGCUAUGAUUCUGAAAUAUUGGGACUAAUCAGACCAUCACGAAGCAUUAAGAAUUGGUACAUGGAAGUGGAAACACUGUGAAAGUUGAUUGAUAAGUGAAUCCUAAAGAAAGUUGUACCAAUUUAAGUAAUUUGCUUACCUAUUGUCUCAAAUUGAAGUAUGGAUCUUCAAAACAAAAUGGAAGAUCAAGGUGAAACCCUCAUUUCAACCCCUGAUCAUCCACUUAACAAUGCUUUUGGCUCGCUAAACGACAUCUGCUACGAACUAUCUUCCCUACAAGAACUUGCUUGCCGUGGCUCAUGGCGAUCGAUUCUUGAUAAAGUCACUCGAGCUCGCACCCAAUCCCUUCUAACCAAACCCCAUGAACACCUAAUUUAUCUCUCCUAUUACGCCAUAGCUCUCACCAAACUCCGGCGUUUCUCUGAAGCAGUAACUGAACUUGAUUCCCUUGAAAACGGCUUAGACAAUGUUAUUUACAGUUACGAAAAUUAUCCUCACCAUUACCCUAACCGCUAUGGUUCCAUGGCCCCCUUUGUUCUCCGUUGGUUGUACGCCGAACUCCCUUCUAGAGUAGAAAAUCGUCAAGAAACCCUAGAUCGGUUCUAUUUGUUAUUGCAGUUUGUUAGGGAGAAAUCGACUAAAAGUUCAUCAGGUAUGUCAGAUGACAUAUGGAGAAAACGUGAGGGUUUGGUGAUUAAUUCGAUAAUAAGUCAUCAUUUGAGUCAUAAAGAGUUUGGAGUAUGUUUGGAUUUGAUCAACGAUUUGAUCAAUCGUGAGUCGACUCCAGUAGCUAGAGCGGUUUUGACAUCGAAGCUCGGUUAUAUCCAAAUGCAAUUAGGGGAUUUGGAAGGUGCAAAGGCGAGUUUUGCGGCAGUUGAGGGAGUUGUGACCAAAGAGGUUGAGAUGAAAAAUCUUGUGAACAGGAAUAAGGCAUUGAUGUUUAUGGUCGGGAAGGAUUACGUGUCGGCUGUAAGGGAGUACCAGGAGUGCAUUGAUCGAGAUGAUUCGGAUGUGGUUGCGAUUAAUAAUAAGGCUCUUUGCUUAAUGUAUUUGCGGGAUCUUUCGGAUUCUAUAAAGGUGAUGGAGAAUGCAUUAGAGAGAGUUCCAACUGCUGCUUUAAAUGAGACUUUUGUGGUGAAUUUGUGCAGCAUGUAUGAGUUGGCUCAUGUUAAUCACUCGGAUAUCAAGAAGACUCUUAGCAAUUGGAUUGCUCGUGUUGCACCUGAUGAUUUUGAUACGUCGUGUACUCGACUCUGAGGUCAGUUUGAAGUCCGACCCUGGCAAGUGUGUGAAGAUCAGCUGAGUGGGUGCUCGAUAGAUUAAAAAAUGUAGGUUUCCUUGUUGCAGAGCUCACCCUUGAUUUUGUUCUCGCGAUAUGAUGUUGUAUAAACUGCGUAGGCAAAUGACAGUCUACCGAGUGGAAGUCUUGUUAAAGUUGUAUCUAGUGGUUCAUCGCUUAGAUGUUUAAAAAAUGGUGAACCAGUGUAUUAAAACUCUUGAUUUUGCAAGGGCUAGGGAAGGAAGUAUUCUACACCA